CCGAGAGCGGUUGUGGGGGCGGCGGGGCUCAUGGCUGAAGUGAACUGGAAGGUGUUGGAGCGAAGAGCCCGGGUCAAGCGCUCAGUUUUGAAAAUUGCUGUAGUUUAGCCUGCGAUGCUUAUGAUUAGAGUCAACAAUUUGAAAUGGCCAGCUCACCUGAUGCCAUCGUCUCUUCUCCUCCAGCUUUCUUAAGGUCUGGCUCAGUUUAUGAACCUCUUAAAAGCAUUAAUCUUCCGAGACCUGAUAAUGAAACUCUGUGGGAUAAAUUGGAUCAUUAUUACAGAAUUGUCAAAUCAACAUUGCUACUGUAUCAAAGUCCAACCACAGGUCUCUUUCCCACUAAAACAUGUGGUGAUGAUCAGAAGGCAAAAAUCCAGGACAGUCUGUACUGCGCUGCUGGGGCCUGGGCUUUGGCUCUUGCAUACAGGCGCAUUGAUGAUGACAAGGGAAGGACCCAUGAGCUGGAGCACUCCGCUAUAAAAUGUAUGAGAGGAAUUCUCUACUGCUAUAUGCGUCAGGCCGAUAAGGUCCAGCAGUUUAAGCAGGACCCACGCCCAGCAACCUGUCUUCACUCUGUUUUCAAUGUGCACACGGGAGAUGAGGUUCUCUCCUAUGAGGAAUAUGGUCAUCUUCAGAUAAAUGCAGUAUCACUCUAUCUCCUUUACCUUGUGGAAAUGAUUUCUUCAGGACUCCAGAUUAUCUAUAACACUGAUGAGGUCUCUUUUAUUCAAAACCUUGUAUUUUGUGUAGAAAGAGUUUACCGCGUACCAGACUUUGGUGUCUGGGAAAGAGGAAGCAAAUAUAAUAAUGGAAGCACAGAGCUACAUUCAAGCUCUGUUGGCUUAGCAAAAGCAGCUCUAGAAGCAAUUAAUGGAUUCAACCUCUUUGGCAACCAGGGCUGUUCUUGGUCGGUUAUAUUUGUGGAUCUCGAUGCUCACAAUCGCAAUAGGCAAACUUUGUGUUCACUGUUACCCAGAGAAUCAAGAUCUCAUAACACAGAUGCUGCCCUACUACCCUGCAUCAGUUAUCCUGCCUUUGCCCUGGAUGAUGAAGCUUUGUUUAGUCAGACACUUGAUAAAGUGGUUAGAAAAUUAAAAGGAAAAUAUGGAUUUAAGCGUUUCUUGAGAGAUGGAUAUAGAACAUCAUUGGAAGAUCCCAACAGACGCUACUACAAACCAGCUGAAAUUAAGCUGUUUGAUGGCAUUGAAUGUGAAUUUCCCAUAUUUUUCCUUUACAUGAUGAUUGAUGGAGUUUUUAGAGGCAAUCCCAAACAAGUAAAGGAGUAUCAGGAUCUUCUGACUCCAGUACUUCAUCAGACCACAGAAGGUUAUCCUGUCAUACCAAAGUACUAUUAUGUGCCAGCUGAUUUUGUAGAAUAUGAGAAAAGAAACCCUGGUAGUCAAAAGCGAUUUCCUAGCAACUGUGGCCGUGAUGGAAAACUCUUUCUUUGGGGACAAGCCCUUUAUAUCAUUGCAAAACUCCUGGCUGAUGAAUUAAUCAGUCCUAAAGACAUUGAUCCUGUCCAGCGCUAUGUGCCACUACAGAAUCAGCGUAACGUGAGCAUGAGGUUUUCCAAUCAAGGCCCACUGGAAAAUGAUUUGGUAGUUCAUGUAGCACUCAUAGCAGAAAGCCAACGCCUUCAAGUUUUCCUCAACACGUAUGGUAUUCAGACUCAAACUCCUCAACAGGUGGAACCCAUUCAGAUUUGGGCUCAGCAGGAGCUGGUGAAAGCUUAUUUCCACCUGGGAAUCAAUGAAAAAUUAGGACUCUCCGGAAGGCCAGAUAGGCCCAUUGGCUGCCUCGGUACAUCAAAGAUUUAUCGCAUUCUAGGAAAGACUGUGGUUUGUUACCCUAUCAUCUUCGACCUGAGUGAUUUCUACAUGUCUCAAGAUGUUUUACUGCUGAUAGAUGACAUAAAGAAUGCACUACAGUUCAUUAAGCAAUACUGGAAAAUGCAUGGACGUCCAAUUUUCCUUGUUCUCAUCCGGGAAGACAAUAUACGAGGUAGCCGCUUCAACCCCAUAUUAGAUAUGUUAGCAUCCUUUAAAAAGGGAAUAGUUGGAGGAGUCAAAGUUCAUGUUGAUCGUCUACAGACACUAAUAUCUGGAGCUGUAGUAGAACAACUUGACUUCCUACGAAUCAGUGACACAGAAGAGCUUCCAGAAUUUAAGAGUUUUGAGGAACUAGAACUUCCAAAACAUUCAAAAGUCAAACGACAAAGCAGUACCUCCAGUGCUCCUGAACUAAAACAGCAACCAGAUAUCGCCAUUACUGAAUGGAAGAACAAGUCCACCCACGAAAUUCUUCAAAAACUGAAUGACUGCAGUUGUCUGGCUAGCCAAGCCAUCCUGCUGGGUAUACUGCUCAAAAGAGAAGGCCCCAACUUCAUCACCAGGGAAGGUACCGUUUCUGAUCACAUUGAGAGAGUCUAUAGAAGAGCUGGCAGCAAAAAGCUUUGGUCGGUUGUGCGCUGUGCAGCAAGUCUUUUAAGUAAACUAGUGGACAGCCUGGCCCCAUCCAUUACUAAUGUUUUAGUGCAGGGCAAACAGGUAACUCUGGGUGCCUUUGGGCAUGAAGAAGAGGUUAUCUCUAAUCCUUUGUCUCCAAGAGUGAUUAAGAACAUCAUCUAUUACAAGUGUAAUACCCAUGAUGAGAGGGAGGCGGUCAUUCAGCAAGAACUGGUCAUCCAUAUUGGCUGGAUCAUCUCCAAUAACCCUGAGUUAUUCAGUGGCAUGCUGAAAAUACGAAUUGGACAUAAUGAAGUAACGCUGUUCUCUGAUGAAAUCGAACUCCAAGGAUUUAAACAACUGCAUCAUGUUUAA